AUGUCGCCACGGGAGCCGCCUCUUCGAGGCGCAGCGGCAGAGCGGGCCGCCGCAGACAACCUGGUGAAGAAGCUCCUUGGCCAGAUCGACGUGCUCCGCAAGGAGGCAUGGGUCGCAGCCCAGGCGGGCCCACGUCUAGGCUCAGGCGUCCCCUCGGCGACACCUGCUUCCGAGGGGCAGUGCCACGCGGAAGUCGGCGGGCUGCAGCGCGACACGGACGUUGAGAUGCUGGCGGCGCCGUCGGCCCCCUCUCAACCCGCAGUGCUGUGCCGCGAGGCUCUGCCUUUCUUUCCAGGUGCUGGCGCUCAUCAGUUUCGAGGUGGUACGUGCGACGUGGACGACCUCCUGGAAGUGUUGGUGCCUGCUGUCAAGUAUCCUGCGUGCAGGGUCCACCCCCCUGCCGCGGAUGGCUCUGAGGGUGGUGGCACAGCGUUGCCGCACGAGUCCGAGGCCCAGCUCACCAAGCAGAUGGACGAGGUCAAGCCGAACUCGUCCGUCCUCCCUGCCAGCGCGUGUGAGGAUCAUCUCAUGUUCACCGAAUCCGAGUGUAACGCAAAGGCGGGCGGCCUGCUUGCGAAGGCUCAGACCGGCGAGCCCCUGGACAAGCUG